CCAGAUAAUCCUGUCGCAGCUUUGGAUAAACGAGCAAGGAUUUUUGAGAGUCCUUUAGCAUAGUCAUUUUCCAAUUGGACCCUUUCUUGAAGAACGCUUAUUAAAACACGUGUAAAUUGGCAAGAAGUUUUGAAUUCCUUUUGAAGGGCGUCAAAUCCAGAGCGAUCAAAAUACUCUGUUUUCUUAUUUCCUAUAGAAAGCAUUCUAAGAUGCCCAGACCCGUCUUAUGCUACUCCAUGCAGCGUAUUGGUUGAUUUGUUAUUGGCGCAAACAUAA